UUGAAAUCUAGACCUCAGUCAUCCCCAGACACAAGCUGAUGCCGCCGAUCCAUGGCCUUCGCCCGGCUCUUCGAGCACCCAGCCGGCACCACCGCUGCCCGGGAGAUUGUCCGCGAGGACGAGAACACUCUUUUGGUGCAAGGCUUCAGGCGAAAUGCUGAGAGCCCUGAGAGCCUGAGAUGUCGAGGACUGCUACCCUGCCGGCCGUGGGCAAUGGUCUCGAUGGCAGGUGUUUUGCUCCUCGGAGUCCUUUGGCGAUCGCAUCGAUCGGGGGACUUUCAGGUCUUUACUUUUCAGGAUUGGGAAGAAGAGCUGCCCAAGUGCGAAGAUUUCCCGAAGCUGGACUUCCUUUGGGUCGCUCACAGCAAUUUGGACCAUAAGGGUCCGGACAUGGGCGAAGAGGGCCUUGUUUAUCGUGUCAGAAAUUACAAAGGUGAGCACAUGGAGAUGGUGUUCAAUGCAGUCGAAAAUUUCCAGGCAUUCGACAGCAAGAUGUUUGGCCUACAUGGCUUCUAUGGCUCUUUGAAUGUGGCGGCGCUCUCGAAGGCUCAUCUUCGGGUGACCUUCCGGGACCACGAGACGAAGAAGCCCGUCACCAUGGAAGCUUUUGCCAUGACCUUUUACGACAUCGAUCAGGGCUUUUCCAACACCGGCAUCGAGGAGGUCACCAUCCAGGGUGAUUGGACAGUGGCAAUCGUGUCGACCCACACGGGCGUCCAUGUGGAGCAUUCGCCGCACUUCCGGCGGAUCCAGUUCCGAUCCACCUUGGCGGGGAUGGCGAUGGACAGUCCCACAGAUGCCAGGAUCCUAACUGAAGACCAGUUUCACAAGGCGGUGACGAUUCGCUUCAAUGAGGUGGAUGCCUUCCAGGUAAGCCUGGGCGUACUAAGCACUGGGGCGCAUCACCGGUUUUUCGAAUUCUUAGGCGAAGCCUCCCUGUUGUGCGCACACCUGCCCGAGGGCGGGCCAGCACCCGUGGGAAAAGCUUAUUGGAAUCCCCGCAAGCAUGCACCACCUGGGCUGAUCCCCAAGAGGCCCUUCGAGACGGUGGCUUUGACCCAUGAGCAGUGGGUCUUUGAGGGCUGGGAGGUGAAGGAGGAGGACCCGGUGGUGAUUGGCGAUGCCGUUCUGCACGGGAAGCAUGUGGUAGGUGCAGACGAGCUGCGGCACGACCAGACGCUGCGCUGCACGGCCAAGGGCACGGUGCGCAAGGUGCUCCCGAAUGUGGACGUUGGGGAAACCUUGCUGCCUGAUCUGGGAGUGGCCAUCAUUGCGUUUCCCAUUGUGAGACCACCGGGGUUGGUGGAGAGGCCUCAGAAAUAUGACUUUUUUGUGGUCACAGAGCGCACAUACCGAUUCAAUCUUUUCCAGGUUCACCCGGGUGAGCACGUGGUGAUGGGCCAGGCGCUCUUCGAUGGAAAGCCGGUGAUAGGAGAAGAAUUGGGCGAGUCAGUGAGCAUCAAGGCCAAUAGUUCUGGACAUGUGGAGAUGGUCCUCGAGACGUUGCAUCCCAACUACUUCGUCCUAAAGGAUGUGGCGGUGAUGCUGAUUCGGCCCAAGGUCCUUUGGCCUCCUGGGAUACAGGCUGAAAGCCCUCAGGAUCACAUCCUCACAACGGAUCGCGUCUUGGUUUUCUUGGAAUGGAAGGCUCACAUUGACGAUGAAGUGAGUCCGGGCGACCCUCUCAUGCUCGCGCAAGACUGGGGUUCUGGAAAGCCACACGUGCUCCAUGCCUCUGUGAAAGGCCUUCUCAGCCACCCAAGGUUUAUGGAGAAGGGUCAGAUCAUCGAAAUGGGUGUGGGAGUCGCGAGGAUCACUGUGGAGGUGACCACAACUUCUUACAAUGCCAGUGCAGCGCAGAUUCAGGGAAGCGAGGACUCCUUCAACCCUUUUCUUUGGCUCUCCAUCGGUGCCGGUGUCGUCAUAGGGCUCAUGUUGGCUGCAGUCGUCUUUUUCUAUCCAAAGGUCCUGCGGCGACUUUGCAUCCUGAUCACAGGUCCACCUCCUCGUCCUCCACCGGAGGUGGUCUCUGUGUCGACAUCUGAAACUGUGACGGUUCAGCACGAGGGAUUUCGCCAUGACCCGACCAACCAGCAUUAUGAGCAUCAUCACAUUAUCCAUCACCAUCACCAUGGUGGUCACCACCACCAGGGGGGUGGCCAAUGAUAAGCCGAAUCAAUGACUGGCUCCGAAAGGAUCCGAAUGGUCAAAACACAACCCGGGUGUUUCGAGCCUGGGUGUGAGUUGAAAUCCUUUGUC